AUGCUGCGGUACCUGCUGAAGACGCUGCUGCAGAUGAACCUCUUCGCCGACUCGCUGGGGGCCGAAGGCUCCAACUCAUCCCAGCUCCUGCUCGGCACCAACCGCACCGGCGCCGCGUUCCCCAUCCCCGGCAACGGCUCCCACCCCCCGCUGGAGGACAUGCCCCCCCGCAUCGUGGAGCACCCCACGGACCUGCUGGUCUCCAGGGGGGAACCGGCCACCCUGAGCUGCAAGGCCGAGGGCCGCCCGCCGCCGGCGGUGGAGUGGUACAAGGACGGCGAACGGGUGGAGACGGACCGGGAAGACCCCCGCUCCCACCGCACCCUCCUCCCGGGGGGGGCCCUCUUCUUCCUCCGCAUCCUCCACGGCCGGCGGGGCAAACCCGACGAGGGGGUCUACGUCUGCGUGGCCAGGAACUACCUGGGGGAGGCCACCAGCAGGAACGCCUCGCUGGAGGUGGCCGUGCUGCGGGACGAUUUCCGCCAGCCCCCCGGGGACGUGGUGGUGGCGGCGGGUGACCCGGCCGUGCUGGAGUGCGUCCCCCCCCGCGGCCACCCCGAGCCCAGCGUCUCCUGGACGAAGGACGGCGCCCGCCUCAGCGACAAGGACGAGCGCCUGACGAUGCGCGGUGGCAAGCUGAUGGUGGCCAGCGCGCGCAAGAGCGACGCCGGCGUCUACGUCUGCGUGGCCACCAACGUGGUGGGGGAGAGGGCCAGCGAGCCGGCGGAGCUGGUGGUCUUCGAACGCCCGGCCUUCGGCAAGAGGCCGCGCAACCAGGCGGUGCUGGUGGAGGGGACGGCGGAGUUCCCCUGCCAGGCGGUGGGGGACCCCCGGCCCGCGGCGCGGUGGCGCAAGGAGGAGGGCGAGAUGCCGGCGGGAAGGUGGGAGGUGCUCCCCGACAACACGCUGCGGAUCCGCCGGCUGCGGGUGGAGGACGAGGGCACCUACACCUGCGUGGCCGACAACAGCGUGGGCCGCUCGGAGGCGUCGGGCACCCUCACGGUGCACGUGCCCCCCCAGCUCGUCACCGGACCCCGCGACCAGACUGUCACCCCUGGCCAGAGCGUGACCUUCCAGUGCCAGAGCAAGGGCAACCCGCCGCCCGCCGUCUUUUGGCAGAAGGAGGGCAGCCAGACGCUGCUCUUCCCGGGCCAGCCCCCGCACCCCGCCUCCCGCUUUGCCGUCAGCCCCGCCGGCGCCAUCACCAUCGCCGACGUGCGACCCGCCGACGCCGGCUACUACCUGUGCCAGGCCAUCAGCGUGGCCGGCAGCGUCCUGGCCAAGGCGCGGCUGGAGGUGGAAGGGGCGACGGCCGAGCACCCACCGCCGGUGACGGGCCGGGGUCCCGCCAACCAGACGGUGCUGCCGGUGGGGGCCACAGCGUGGCUGCCGUGCUGGGUGGGGGGCGGUGACCCCUCGGCCAACGUGGGGUGGCUGAAGGACGGGAGCGCCCUGGUGGGUGCCCAGCCCCGCGUCAGCCUGCUGGAGAACGGCACCCUGAAGAUCACCAGCCUCCGGGUGAUGGACUCCGGGUACUACGAGUGUGUGGCCACCAGCUCGGCAGGCGAGACACGCUGGGGCAGCUCCCUGGAGGUGCAAGGUGGGUCACAGGGACGUCACCGCACCAGGGACACCAUGGCACCGGGGCUGAAGCCACCCCAGAUCUCCAUACAUCUCUCCACAGAUGAAGGAUCCAGCCUCUCCCCGCCAUCCCCUGAGCCUGGCCUCCUCCCCAGGCCACCCUCCACCCCUGUGGUCACCAACAUCACCAAAAGCAGCGUCACCCUGAGCUGGAAAGGGAAUGAGGACAGCGGUGCCACCGGUGUCACCUCCUACAUUGUGGAGGCUUUCAGCCAGGCAGUGGGUGGCCCGUGGCAGACGGUGGCAGCCGACGUGGAGAGUGAGACGUACACGGUGAGCGGCCUCGUCCCCAACACCGUCUACCUCUUCGUGGUGCGGGCGGUCAACGCCUACGGGCUCAGCGACCCCAGCGGCAUCUCGGAGCCUGUGCGCACCCAAGAUGCCAGCCCCACGCAGCAAGGGCUGGACCCCGAGCAGGUGCAGCGGGAGCUGGCGCAAGUGGCCGUGCACCUCCAGGAGCCCGUGGUCCUGCCGCUGGGCGCCGUCCGCCUCUCCUGGACCGUGGAGCGCCAGCCACCCUUCCUUCAGGGAUACCGGGUGCUGCUGCGGCCGCCCGGCGGGCGCUGGGAGGAGGCGCGGGCGGUGCAGGCGCCGGGGGAGCGGGGGGCCCUGCUCACCGACCUGCGCCGCGGCCAGGACUACGAGGUCAAGGUCCGACCCUACUUCCAUCGCCUCCACGGCCCUGACAGCGCCGUGCGAGCCCUGCGCACCCCCGAGGCGGCCCCCAGCGCCCCGCCGCGAGCUGUCAGCGUGGCCGGUAACGGCACCAGCGUCCGCAUCUCGUGGCAGCCGCCGCCGCCAGCCGAGCAGAACGGCGUCAUCCGCGAUUACCGGAUCUGGUGCUUGGGCAACGAGAGCCGCUUCCACAUCAACCAGAGCGUGGAGGGGACGGUGCUGGCGACGGUGCUGCGGGGACUGGUCCCCGGUGUCCCUUACCACGCUGAGGUCGCUGCCGCCACCGGCGCUGGCGUGGGUGCCCGCAGCGCCCCUGUCCCCAUCCGCAUCGGUGAGUCCCUCCUUGCCGCUGCACCCGCGGGUGCGGGGGUGGCAGGGCUCCCCCCGGUGCUGGGGACGCCUCCUCGGCACCCCUGCCGGUGUGUCCCCUUCUCCAUGUCCCUUGCAGCCCCCCCGGCGGAGCGGGACGCGGGGCCGGCGGGCGGGAGCAGCGUGGCCGAGCAUUUGGCCGAGGUGGCCAGGCGGCCGGCCUUCAUCGCCGGCGUCGGCGUCGCUUGCUGGGUCAUCCUCGCCGCCUUCGCCGCUUGGCUCUACGGCCGCCGCCGCAGGAAGAAGGAGCUGAGCCACUUCACCGGUAUGGAGCGGGGGGCGCGCUACACCUGGGACCCCCCCCCCCUCACCCCGGCACCCCUCACCCCACCCGCCGCCCCUCUCUUUGCAGCAUCCUUCGCCUACGCGCCCGCCGGUAAGCCCCUAGGUGCCGCGGCGACCCGGCGCGGCCCCUCGCCACCCUCACCCCCACCUCUUUCCGCGGUCGCCUUCCCGGCUCCGGCGCGCGGCAGCCCCAGGGCAGCCGCCGGUGGUGGUUACCCGUGGCUGGCAGACGCGUGGCGCGGCGGCGUGGCCGGCGCCGCCGGCUGCUUGGGGACCACCGAGAGAUACUACAACGAGGCCGGCAUCAGCCGGUACAUCGCCCAGACGGAGCAGUUUGGGGCGGGGGCCGGCGAGGGGCCGGUUUACAGCACCAUCGAGGCGGGCGGCGAGGAGCUGCGCACCUUCCCCCGGCCCUUCUCGCAGCACGGGACCCCUUACCCCGGGGGGGUCGCCCAGCUGAUGGAUGCCCCCGCUCCCCCGGCAUCCCGUGGCCGGGCCGAGCACGGUAGGGCGGUGGGAUGGGUGGGGGGGACGCACGGGUCCCCUCCCCGCAGCCCCACGCUGGCGUCCUUCCUCGCUGCAGGGGCCAAGAGGAAGAAGCUGGGGCAAGCGGUGAAGGCGCCGGCGGUGAGCUGGACGGAGCUGCUGCCCCCGCCGCCCUCGGCCAGCGAGCUCAGCCAGUGCGCCCAGGAGGAGGAGGAGGAGGAGGAGGAGGAUGAAGAGGCAGCUGGAGGGCCGGGGGCGGAGGAGUGGUACCCCGGUGAGCACGUCCCCUGUGCCACCGCGCCGUCCUCACCCGUCGCCUCCUCCGGCUGCCGGUCCACCGCCACGCUGACGCCGUCACCCCGCGCCGCCGAGGACAUCCCUCGCCUCCGUGACUUCGAUAGCCCCGGCCUGCUCCGGAGACCCCCCCAUGGCACCGGUACCCCCCCGCGGGCACCCAGCCCCCUGCCGAGUCCGGAUGCUGACGAGGGCCACCCACCCCGAGCCCGCUGCCUUCCCAGCACAGGGAAAACCCGCGGGGAGACCCCAAAAAGCCGCCUGAAGCCCAAAUGCAGCCGCUACCACCGGGAAAAGCAGCCGGGAGACCUGCCACCGCCGCCGCUGCCGCCGCCGGGCGAGACCCCCGGCCCCUUGCCGGAGCGGGAGGCGAGCGGGGCCGAGCGCAAGGUCACCCAUCGCCCGCCCCGCGGCGACGAGGUCGUCCCCUACGGCAAACCCUCCGGCCUGCCCCGGGGUCAAGCGUCCGGCAGCUGCUCCACGACGGGCAGCGUCUCGUCCCGUGGCUCCACCAGCUCCCGCGGCCACGGCUCGGGGCGCAGCCGGACGCCGGGGGACCGCGGUGAAGGCACCGGCCACCGCCGCCGCCCAGGUCCCCCAUUUCCCUGCCCGUCGCAGGAGAAGCGAUGAAGAAGAGGGCAAGGU